AAAGUUAUACACAUCCACCGUUAACGGGAAACUCUUGUGAAGUAUAUGCAUGCCGUCAUGAAAACGCCCGUGUGUAUGUCUAAGUAUGUAAGAACGAUCCACGGCUUUUACGUGCAUGAUGUGGCGGAUGGAUACUUGAGUUGAAAACGAUGCAUACAUUUCAAACUCCUCAGCUCCACCAGAACGCCGGCCGGCCACGCGGGCGAGGCAAGUGGCGCGCUCGCUCGCUCGCUCGCUCGCUCGCUCCUAUUAAAAUGGCCGAUGUUCCCAAUCGCGGCGUUUUUCUUUUAUUUCGCCCGUGAGGGCGACCGACCGAGGCUUCCGCUGCUCGGGAGUCGUUGGCCACACGUCUUGGGGAUUCGGAUAGUGCCAUCCAUAGAAAGAUAAGCCGCAGAGGAAUAAUGCUGCUCACCAAACUGGGCUCAAGCUUGUCCUCCGCCGCGAGUAGCGUGGAGCUGCCGCCCAUCAAAGCACAACAAGUCCAAGAAGAAGUGCCUCCAUUUGAGAAGGUGUACCGAGUGGAUUCGGUUCUGGGCAGCGGGGGCUUCGGGACUGUCUACUCGGCCGUCCGCGUGGUGGACGGCGUGCCGGUAGCUGUGAAACAUGUGUCCAGAGACAAAGUGACUGAGUGGGGCUCUUUGUGUGGUAGCGUGGUUCCGCUGGAGAUUGUGCUAUUGAAGAAGGUGGGCGGGGCCUUCGACGGCGUAGCGCGCCUGCUGGACUGGCGGGAACACCCCGACGGCUGGCUGAUGGUUUUGGAGCGCCCCGAGUUGGGCCAAGACCUCUUUGACUACAUCACGGAGCGUGGCGCCUUGGAUGAGGCGGUGGCGCGCGGCUUCUUCCGCCAGGUGCUAGAGGCGGUGCGCCACUGCUACGCGUGCGGCGUGGUCCACCGCGACAUCAAGGAUGAGAACCUGGUGGUGGACCUGCGCACCGGCCAGAUCAAACUCAUCGACUUUGGAUCGGGGGCCCUGCUCAGAGAAGGAAUUUACACAGACUUUGAUGGCACUCGUGUGUACAGUCCCCCGGAGUGGAUCCGUCUCCGCCGCUACCGCGGCCGCUCUGCCGCCGUGUGGUCUCUCGGGGUACUGUUGUACGACAUGGUGUGCGGAGACAUCCCUUUCGAGCACGACGACGACAUCCUCAGUCGGCAACUACGCUUCGGCGUCGGCGUCUCCUCGGAUUGCCGGCAACUGAUCGGCUGGUGCCUCAGCCUGGAGCCGCGCGCGCGUCCAACCCUGGAGCAGAUGCUCCUGCACCCGUGGGUGACCUGCGAUAGUAGCAAUGAGAAGGACGAAGAGGAAGCGAAAGGAGGCGCCACAUUCCAUGCGGCAUCUCAGGAAAGCGUCUGAUCGAAAAUUAAGAGGCAGGCGCUGGUCUUCUCAGGUUGUUUUUUUGUUUUGUUUCUUCUUCACGUUGUAGCAAUCGUCAGUUCCUCGUGCACAGUCAAUGCAAUGAUACGCUUGGAUAUAUUUGAUAUAUAUUUGAUAUUCGUGCGAGCAUAUUUUCUAUACAUUUAUUUAUAGAGAACAUUCCACGUUAUUUAUACACUACAUUUUUCAAAAUGUUUUUUUUUUAUUUUGUUUUACUCUUGCCAUGUUUUUUGGGGGGGGCGGGUUUUGUGUUUUUAAUAAUUUUACUACUGAAGCAUAUUGCUGCAUAUUAAGGGAUAAAUUGUUACAACACUUUAAAGGGGGGGGGGGGGGUGUCAAGUAAAAAAUUGUGUUUCCAAUAAUAUGUUCUAUACGGCCAUCAUGUCAUCUUCAGUUGACAGCAAAUGGCCGCCCUCUGGGAGGGAAAAAACAAUUGGUUUGUUCCGCUCCAUUCAUAUUGCACAAUGGCAAUAUUAAUCAGAAAGCCGUUGCACCACAAGGAGCCGUAUAGAACGGUGUAAAGGACAUCUUUUGACUUGACUUCCACUCAAAUUUCUUGUUUUGGUGUGAUAAUGCAUCAAAUAAAUAUGCCUCCACAAGUA